CGGGGCGCGCUCCCGCGUGUCCGGUGGAGUCGGCUGGAGGAAGGCAGCCAGUGGCUCACCCAGAUCUCCUGAGGCCCUGCUGUCUGUGGCCUCCGAGGCGCCAGCGUCCCGGGGCCCGAGCGCGGUCUGGAUCAGAAGCAAGGGCGCGCGGUUAUCUCUGCCCUCCGCCUGGGCCCGCGGCGCCCAGCAGCUCGCCUUAUCUGUAGCACUGGCUGAGGCUUCCCUGGUGGCUCAGAUGGGUCUGGGGACAUGGCCAGAAGGGUUCUCAAGCUCGCUUCAUGGACCAGCAUGGCUCUUGCCGCCUCUGGCGUCUGCCUCUAUAGCAACAAGUACUUGGACCCCAACGACUUUGGUGCCGUCAGGGUGGGCCGAGCAGUGGCCACGACAGCUGUGAUCAGUUACGACUAUCUUACAUCCCUGAGGAGUGUCCCCUAUGGCUCAGAGGAAUACUUGCAGCUUCGAUCCAAGGUACACCUCCGCUCUGCCAGGCGCCUCUGUGAGCUCUGCUGUGCCAACCGGGGCACGUUCAUCAAGGUGGGCCAGCACUUGGGGGCUCUGGACUACCUGCUGCCGGAGGAGUACACCAGCACGCUGAAGGUGCUACACAGCCAGGCCCCGCAGAGCAGCAUGAAGGAAGUCCGCCAGGUCAUCCGCGAGGACCUGGGCAAAGAGAUUCAUGAUUUGUUCCUGAGCUUUGACGACACCCCUCUGGGAGCGGCCUCCCUGGCCCAGGUCCACAAGGCCGUGCUGCGUGACGGGCGGACGGUGGCUGUGAAGGUCCAGCACCCGAAGGUGCAGGCUCAGAGCUCGAAGGACAUUCUUCUGAUGGAGGUGCUUGUCCUGGCUGUGAAGCAGCUGUUUCCAGAGUUUGAGUUCAUGUGGUUGGUGGAUGAAGCCAAGAAGAACCUGCCUUUGGAGUUGGAUUUCCUCAAUGAGGGAAGGAACGCUGAGAAAGUGGCCCAAAUGCUGAAGCACUUUGACUUCUUAAAGGUCCCCCGCAUCUACUGGGAGCUGUCCACCAAGCGGGUGCUUCUGAUGGAGUUUGUGGACGGCGGGCAGGUCAACGACAGACACUACAUGGAGCGGAACAAGAUUGACGUCAACGAGAUCUCACGUCACCUGGGCAGGAUGUACAGCGAGAUGAUCUUUGUCAACGGCUUCGUGCACUGUGACCCCCACCCGGGCAACGUGCUGGUGCGGAAGCGGCCGGACACGGGAAAGGUGGAGAUCGUCCUGUUGGACCACGGACUGUACCAGGCACUCACAGAAGAGUUCCGCCUGGACUACUGCCGCCUCUGGCAGUCGCUGAUCUGGACCGACAUGCAGAGCGUGAGGAAAUACGGCCAGCGCCUGGGAGCCGGCGACCUCUACCCCUUGUUCGCCUGCAUGCUGACGGCCCGGUCCUGGGACGCGGUCAACAGGGGCAUCGGCCAGACUCCCGUCACCGCCACAGAGGACUCAGAGAUCCGCAACCACGCGGCCAACUACCUCCCCCAGAUCAGCCAGCUCCUCAACCGCGUGCCGCGCCAGAUGCUGCUCAUCUUCAAGACCAACGACCUGCUGCGAGGCAUCGAGGCCGCCCUGGGCACCCGCGCCAGCGCCAGCUCCUUCCUCAACAUGUCGCGAUGCUGCAUCAGGGCACUGGCCGCGCACAAGAAGCAGAAGACCCGUUCACUCUUCAGAAGGGCCCGGAUCUCUCUCAGGGAGGCCUUCAGCUUAUGGAAGAUCAACCUUCACGAGCUCGUUCUGCACGUGAAGGGGCUGAGGCUCACCGGCUGGGUCUGGGCUCUGCUCUGCUGGCUGCUGCCUGCUCCACACUGAGUGGACUCGCUGCCCCCUGCCCGGCAGUGGCCCCUGCUGUGGCCGAGGGGUCUCUUCACCCCUCACUCUUCCAUCGUGUCUCCACUGCUUGCCCCGUUUCUGCCCCGUGGAGCCCCGCAAUCCCUGUCCGUGGCACCGUCAUGCUCAGCCUCUGGAAGUCCUCUCCCAUGAAGCCCGCGUCUCGGGGCCCCAGGCUGUGUCCCGGGAAGGUUUCUGUCUGUUCCCAGGGAGGAGGCAUGGCAGUCUGCUUUCCUGCUCCCCGUCUGUGCCUUUGGGCUGGAUACCCACCCCACCCGCUUCUGUUCACCUUUCUUGUGGUCAAGAUGGACCAUGGAGCCCACUGAAGGCAUGUUUAACUCGCCAGACGUUUGGUUUUGCUGCAGAGGAGCGUGGUCCCUGAACUGCUGGAGAGGAGUUUUCUCUCUUUGCGCCCUCCCUGCCCGGAGGUGCAGACCUUCCCGGGGUGGCUUGGCCCCUGAGCCAGGUUCUGUUGCAGCUCUGAGUUCACGGCUGUUGUGGUGACCCCUUUGGUGACUUUAUGUACUGUGAUUCAAUAAAAACCACUUCGGGGUUUCAGGGCAAGAGUGUGGUCAACGGGCCAUUUUUUCCAGGUUGGGAGUGAGUCCACUCAGGCCAUGAGGUAGGAGUGGCCACGGAUACCACGUGCCAUUGUGAUCUGUUUGACUUCUUGUCCCCCAAAUCCUUCCAGCCUUCCACUGUGCGUCCGCUUUCUGAUACUUGUAUGUUUCUCUUCCUUUCUGAGACAGAUCUUGGUUGCCACUGUCAGGAAGCUAAGGCCAAGAACUCAGAGGCUCAGUGGAAAUCUCUGACACUGCUUCCCCUGGGUUCUCCCCUCAUUCCCUGUGACCUGGCUCCUCCCUUGUUCUGUUGAUUGGCUCCUGACUUAGCCUUCAGAUUCAUCAUUCGAUAUCCCCACUCCUGAGACUGUUGUCUAAACCUCAGUCAUGUGGCUGGGCUUCUGCUCUGAAACCUGCUGUUACCUGCUAGAUGCUGCUUCUGCCUUGUUGCCUGCUGCCAGCCUGCCCCCUCCCCCCGGCCCCAAUCAUCUGCUCCAGUUUUGGGGACACCUGCAAACGCCUGUUCUGACCCCUGUGUCUGUAGUCUCCAGGUCCCUAUGACCCCAGAUGUGGCAGGUCUCAGCUCUCACUGAGCACCCAGGCUCACGGUAAUUGUGUCUGAAUCUCUCUGAUCUUACUUCACCUCAUUCAUAAGAGUAGGAAAGAAAAAAUCUAAAUUUGAAUCUCAUUUUCUGUUCUCUUUAUUCAUAAUACAACAAGCAGAUUUUUCACUGACCAGAGAUGGUUCGCCAUCCCUUUGAAUUAAUUGUUCUUAGUGACCAGCUGGACGCACCCAGGGACCUGAGAGAAUAAUUU